CCUGUUAAUCUUUAAUUUUGCCAUUAAACACCAGCUAACCCAGCACCAGAGUGAGAGGGAAAGAGAGAGAGGGAGAGAGAAACCCACUGCAAUCUAAUCCCAGGGAAGAACAAGAAGAGAUAUGGAAAGCCAAGAGCAGCAAAAGACAUCAAGGGUUGUUGAGGUGGACUCAAAGCAGUCAUGGGAUUCCUAUGUAACUAAAGCCACCGAUCAAGGCUGCCCUAUUGUGGUACACUUUACUGCUGCAUGGUGCAUGCCUUCGGUUGCGAUGAACCCUUUGGUUGAGGAAUUGGCAUCAACUUACCAAGAUAUGUUGUUCCUCACUGUUGAUGUGGAUGAUGUCAAGGAGGUAGCAACCAAAUUUGAGAUUAAGGCUAUGCCAACAUUUUUGCUGAUGAAGGAAGGUGCUCAAGUGGACAAGAUUGUGGGUGCCAAUCCAGAUGAGAUAAGGAGAAUGAUUGAGGGUUUUGCUCAGCCCAGUCGUGUGUACGUGGCCUAGUCACCAUAUGUUGGUUUUGUACAUUCAUGUGGUUUGUGAUAUUCCAGCUUUGUAUUGAAAAAUGACAUGGACGUGGAUAAUAAGUGCGGUAAGUUUUUUUUUUUUGGGAGGUGGCGGAGAGGGAGAUUGUCUCCCUCAAGUUACGAAAAUCUUCUGUAUUAUACUACUGUUAGCUAUGAAUACCCUCAACCCAUACGGGCUCUUGGAUCCAUUCCUAUGUGUUAGUGUGUAUAUCCUGUCCUAGAUCAUGUAAUUUGUUAUGGAAGUUCUUGUAUGAUUACUUUCUGAGAAAAAUGUAUUCAGAAUUCUGCCAAUAAGCAAUAUUAAAGUUUGUAAAAGGCAUUCUUAAUUUGUCCUAGUUUCUCAGAUUAUUCAAUUUUUGUCCUAGUUAAUCUUUUGAAUCUUGGAUGAAGGUAUGAUGGAUUCUGGAUUU